AGGGUGGGUGGGCGCUAGCUGCAGGCUGCGUUGCAAGAGAGCGGGCAGGUGUGUCUUGCUGUCUCGUGCGUCCUGGGCGCGCAUCCCCUUUGCUAUUUUUUUUUUUUUUUGCAAAGCCUGCGAGUCAAGCAGGCUGUCGUUUCCUCCGGCUCCAUGUUGCCCACCGAGGUCGAGGACUUGCUGGGCUCGGACGGCACGGAGUUUUGGACCAGCCCUGCCUUGUACGACGAAGUCAACGGGAACACGGAACUGAACGAUAACACGGAUUUCAUUUCGCAGGAGCUGGAGGAGGUGCUUUGCUCUGAGCGGGUUGGUAGGAUCACCAAGACAUACCAGGACAUAGACGCAGUCACCAACCUACUAGAAGAGAAAGAGCAUGACUUGGAAUUAGCAGCCCGCAUCGGGCAGUCGUUGCUGAAGCAGAACCGGAGUCUGUCAGAACGCAAUGAACUCCUGGAAGAACAACUUGAAUUAGCCAAGGAAGAGAUAGCUCAACUGCGCCAUGAAAUUUCCAUGCGGGAUGACCUUCUCCAUUUCUACACCAACAGCACGGAGGAGAGCGAGCCGACCACCACCACCUCCACCCCGUUGCGAAGGAAUGAAUCUGCCCUCUGCCUGCAGCAGUGUUUCCAAUUCGACACCUUGCAGCAGAAGCUGAAAGGUCUGGAAGAGGAGAACCAGAAACUGCGCACGGAGGUCACCACUAUCUCCUCAGAAACAUGUCAGUAUGAAGAACAGGAGCAGAAGUUGAUGAUUGAUUGUGUGGAGCAAUUUUCUGAAGCCAGCCGGGAGGUUGGGCUGCUCUCGGAAGAGCUUGCCCGCAAGACAGAGGAUACAGCUCGUCAGCAGGAGGAAAUCAGCCAGCUGUUGGCACAAGUUGUGGAUCUGCAGCACAAAUGCCGCACGUAUGGCUCAGAAGUGGAAGAACUGCAGCAACACCUCACUGCCACCAAGGAGUCGCAGCAGCAGCUACGGACAGAGCUCCAGGACCUGCAGGAGAAAUACGCUGAGUGUGGAGCAAUGUUGCAUGAAGCCCAGGAGGAGAUCAAGACGCUCCGAAGCCGGAGCCUUCCGAACAGCACCAUCAAUCGCCACAGCUCUCCCACCUUCCUGCCCCUGGAUUCCCUGGCUGCGGAGAUCAAAGGGACAAUGAGAAAAGGGACCGAGAGCUCUGGUUCUUCAGAGUACAGGAGCUUCCGGAGGGUCUUUGAGACUGUGAAGGCCGUGAAACAGGCAGCAAAAUCUAGAUCGCGGGCAGAGUCACCUCUGAGUUUUCCUGGGGGAUCUUCCAAGCCUUCAUCAGUGGGUUGCAGCCGCUUGAGCACCCCCCGCACCAGCUACUAUGGUUCGGACAGCCCAGUUUCAGGAGGGAUGGAGGGGCAGGCUAGUCAAGCUCCUGGAGGCCCUCAUGCAGCCCGUCAGGAGGAGCUUGGGACUUCCUCCGGCACCCCCGGCCAGCAUGACCUGGAAGCUGCCGUCCGUUGCUUGUCUGCCCUCCAGGAAAGCCACAGCACGGAGCGUUCGUUCUUUGAGGUGGAGCGUGAGAGCAAGCUCAAACGCUUGGCCCGGGACCUAGAGGACUCCAGCGGCUUCCUCACCCCCAAUGAGAGUGUGGCUUCCACCGGCACCAACUAUUCGGGUAGUUCUGGAGGCUCUGGUUUCUCCCUGGGCUCUUUCUCAUACUUCCCUGACAAACUUCAGAUCAUCAAGCCUCUAGAAGGCUCCAUGACCCUCCACCACUGGCAGCAACUCGCUCAGCCCAAUCUGGCUGGCGUUCUGGACCCUCGGCCUGGCGUGCUUACCAAAGACUUCCGGCAGCUUGAUGUAGACCUGGAAGAGAUCUACAACCUUAAUGACUUGGAGGAAGAUGAUGUGGACGUGAGCGCCUUUCCUGCCCUCGCUACCUCAACUCCUACCAAAGCCAAGGAGAGACCCAGCGUCUUCCACUCCGUUAACAAUUUGCCCCAGACCCCGCCAACUUUCACCAUCACCACCUGUUGCAUCUUGCAUCCUAGCAACGAGGUCACCAUGGUGACACCCAGUCUUCAUAAUACAGUUAUGUCCUCUCGUGAGCCCCAUGCGGGGCUGAGCCCCCCUCCCCAGCUCCCCCUGCAGGAAGAGCCCAUCCGCAAUCUGCCACAGGAUUCUUCUCUUGGACUGGCAACUCUGCUGGCAGAGCGAGGCAUUUCAGCGCAGAGCACAGCCAUGUCAGUGGUGGCCCCGUCUGGCUUUGCAGAAGCCCCCAGCUCCUUGUGUUGGCUGUCUCCUUCCUGGGCUUCGCUGCGGCACUGCCGCUGGGAUGGUCUAGCCAAAUGGGGUUUGCGAUCGAGUUUGCUGCUGCAGAGGGAAGCCAAGAAGAGACGAAACAGUGUCUUCAGUAUGAAUCUGGUGGAGAAACUGCAGCGGCUGGGGCUGGACAAGGUGGUGGCCAGAGGGGAAGCCGUGUAUACAACCUCACACCUUCAGGGGGCUCUACCAGUGGGAGAGAUGCCAGCUGCAGCCCUGCAGUGAGAUCUUCCACGAGGAAGGGGCAGCAGCCAGCAGGAAGGGGAUAUGCUUGAGCCAUCUCUGAAGCUGCUGGAUGGUUUGUGGUUGGCAUCUUGGGCAAGCGUUUGGGGGAGACCUCGGUGGGAGAAAUGAGCUCAACAUCCCCUCUCUAUGCCCCCCCCUCCUGUAGAUCAGGAAGGCUGGGGACUCUUUCUUCACUUGGAUGUUCAGCAUGUUUACUCUACUGAUAAACUGCACGGAUUCCUUCCCCUGUUCCCCGUAGAACCUGGAGACUGUUGCUCUGUGGGGGCGAGAAGAUCCAAAUUGCCCUCAAAGAAUGACAAUUCCCAACUUUGCCAAGAGAAGUUUGGGAAGGAGGAGCCAUUGAAAACUGCUUGUAAACUGUGUAGCAUGUAGAGGUCUCUCCCAGUUUCUGACUUUGUGUGAUCCUCUUCCCCCUCUCCUGUGUAUCCACACAGGACACAAAUCCAUUAGAGCAGGGUGCCGUGGAGUUCCGAAGGAGAAAGAAGGGCUCGCUUUGGCAGCAUCUUGGUGCAGCUUCUAGAGCAGUUGUUGGAUUCUGGGGUAUUGGAAUCCUUUCCGAAAGAGAUGGGUGGGUUGAUGACCAAGGAGCGCUGACUUUAUUUAAGGCCAUGCAAGCUGAUGUUCUCCCCCUCGCCGUAUGAACCGCCCCCUUUGCUUAGUCCCCGAAGGCAACGUAGGCAGCUUGUUUCUCAGAAGUCCCUUUUCGUGGACUGUGGGCCCUCUUGCCAGUCAAGACAACUAGCAGAACAAAGCAGGGCUGCUGGGUGUGUCCAUUUGCUUUUCCGCUGCCCGCUUUGGCAUUCUCAGAUGUCUGCGCAUGCUGUGUCACCGUAUAACUAUCUCUUGCUCAGGUGCAAUGAGGUGUUUCUCCUGCGCCCCCCCCCCCCAGUUUUCUUCAAAAAGAUUCAGUCCUGAUUGUCAUGCUGAAAGGGUAAAGAAUGCAGGCCAGGUUCCAGCAGAGCUCUGAAUCCACUCCUGUGUUUUUUCUGAUUUGUCAAGCCUGCUCCCUGUCGCUUUCCUUACGAUGUAGUCCUAAGAAGAGUGUAUGUCCUCCUCAGUCCUUUAGAGUAAUUCUGGUUAGGAGUGCACUGUGAGUUGUCCAGAAUUGGUUGCACCCUGAGAUUUCUCGUUCAUCCUCCAUCUUCCUAGUACACUGAUGAAAACAUUGGCUGCCCUUUGUGUCCUCUGAAUCUCUGAUAAUGCUGGUAAUGAGAUUAGAUUUUGACUCCCUCUUCUCCUAUCACCUUUGGUACUCUUAUAUUUGGGAUAACAUGUUGAUUUGUCUGGCUGGUUUUUUUUUAAAAAAGGGAUUCCUGCAUCUUCCCAUUUACCUCUGUUAAUUUAACGCACACACUUUCCCAACAAGGACCUCUCAUGCGCCUGUGCAUCUUUUGCACAAUAGCUGUUUGCAUACCUGUUCCCUGAUCCAAAGUUCCCUCUCCCCCAGGCUGCAUGAUCAACUCACCUGUGAUGACACAUCUGUAUUACCUGUUGUUCUGCUGUGUCUCUCCUGGUGAAAUAAACACUGUUGUUGUUGUUGUUGUGGUCCUAA